AUGCCUGGUCUUGUUUUCGCGCACGUUUGCGAGGGCUUGCAUCGUGGCGCGCAACAGUACAGCUUUCCCAGCAAUGUCCGGGCCUUUUGGAUUGACGGCAUCAACCAUGAACCCACCACGCAUGAGACAUCCCUUCUUGUUGCUCACGAUAGUCAGCAUAUGGACUUCUGUGGCACCAAGCUAAGUCAGUUCUCGCUUCAUCCAAAUUGCGAUGCAGGAAGCCAGGAGUCGAGGGGUUGCGGUACCGAUAAGCAUAUUAAAAAAACCUCGCACGUCAGAAAAAUUGGUUAUUGCUCGGAUACGUCGCCGAUGCUGACAUACAUCAACAAUCCCCGGUCAGCACGAGGAUCAAAGGGAGAAACACAUGGGCGCGAAAAUUUUGUCUGGAUGCAUAAUUGGCUUCAAUUGACCCACCUUGGGACACUCGCAGGCGCUUUGAAUCCGACGCAUCUGCUUCGCGCCAUCGUUGCGAAAUCUUUCGCUCAGCAGUCUCCCCGAAAUAGAAUCAAGCACGGCCUCGACCAGGCCCGCGAAGUGAAUGCCCUCGACCCAAGACGUCAUACUCGGCAAGAUAACAUAAAGAAGCGGCCAAUUCAAUGCUUGAUGCUGAUAGAUGCGGGACACAGGCCCGCUUCUACUGGUAAAGCAUUCUGCAUGCUCGCAAGAUUCGAGAAGAAAACGUCUAUACUGAGAAGACAAACCAAACUGAGGACAAACCAAACUCUGUGCUGGCACGCCACCAUCAUGCAUAUGGGAGAAGAUUCGGUAUGCAUGACAGUGUCCGAGCGAACUGAGGCAUGGAUCAAGGACGCAUGUAUGGCGUACGAGAACCCGGUGGUAGUCGGAAAGCCGUUCAAUUGCGCUUGUGUACGUGUACACGGCUCGAGGUACUGGGAAGUCUCUAGAGUUUCUGCAAAAAUGGUAAAAUCUGCGAAGAUCACUGCUCGUUUUCCUUGCUAUUGUGCCUUGCUGAGGCAGCAAUAUUUCAUCAAGGACAUUUGUUCUCUCCGGAACGAAAUAAGCGCAGAAGAUGGCGGAAAGAACGGUAGCCGGAAACAUAGCAGGGUUAAUGAGGAGCCUCUGGGUGAAUUCUGGCGAUUGAAGGAAUGCCACUGA